AUGACGGCUGAAAGAGCGAAACCCUUUGCCACGCCCGAGGUGCCCGCCCGUCCGAAAGUGUCUGGCGCCCUCGUCCUCUCGGGAGAUCGUCACCAGUGUAAUCACCAGAUGUAUGACAAUCACCUGCAUCAUCACCGGGAAUAUUGCUACUUCAUCACCGGGAAUAUCACCAACAUCAUCACCAGAGUGUAUCAUCAGCAUCAUCACCAGAAACAUCAGCUUCAUCCCCAGCAUCAUUAUCAGCACUUCACCACCAGAAACAUCAGCAUCCAUCACCAGGAAAAUCCCCAGCAUCACCACCAGAAACAUCAACAGCAUCACCAACAGAGAGCAUUCUCAACAUCAUCACCAGAAACAUCAGCAUCACCAGGAACAUCCCCAGCAUCACCACCAGAAACAUCACCAGAAACAUCCCCAGCAUCAAUCACCAGGAACAUUCCCCAUGCAUCAUCACCAGGAACAUCCCCAGCAUCAUCACCAGGAACAUCCCCAGAUCAUCACCAGGAACUAUCCCCAGCAUCACCAACAUCCCCACAUCAUCACCAGGAACAUCCCCAGCAUCAUCACCAGAACAUCCCCAGCAUCAUCACCAGGAAACAUCACCCAGCAUUCAUCACAGGAACAUCCCCAGCAUCAUCACCAGGAACACGAUCAGAACAUCCCCAGCACAUCACCAGGAAAACAUCCCCCAGCAUAGCAUCACAGGAACAUCCCCAGCAUCAUCACAACAGAACAUUAGCAUCAUCACCAGGAACAUCCCCAGCAUCAUCACCGGAAACAUCCGCAGGCAUUGCAUCCACCAGAACAAUCCCCCAGCAUUCAUCACCAGGAACAUCCCUAGCAUCAUCAACCAGGAACAUCCCCAGCAUCACUCACCAAAAAACAUCACCAGCAUCAUCACCAAAAAACAUCACCCAGAAACAUCCCCAGCAUCACCACGGCAGCAAGAAACAAUCAGCAGCAGCAUCACCAAAAACAUCACCAGAACAUCCCCAGCAUCACACCAGAAAACAUCAGCAGCAGCAUCACCAAAAACAUCACCAGAAACAUCCCCAGCAUCACCAACCAGAAAUAUCAAGCAGCAUCAUCACCAAAAAAAUCACAAAACAUCACCAGCAUCAUCCGCAGCAUCAGCUUCCCCAUGACAUCGGCCGCGCGUUGAAUCGGCGAUCGGGGCCUGAUUAG